AGUACAAUGCCAAAGGAUAUCUCUCUCUUUCUCUUUCUCUUUCUUUUGUUUAAGCAACCAAGAACAAACAAACAAACAAACCUCGUAACUCUUCAUCUUCCUCUUCUGUCCAAAUCAUCAUCACGUUCUUUCUCUGAUUCCACAAUCUUCUUCUUCCACCACCGCUUUUUGUUUUCUUUCUUUUUCUGUUACUUUCCUAACACACAAAGUUUCUCUCUUUCUUUCUGAAAUCUCUGUCUCUGAUUGUCCCUUUUCCCAAAGUUUGUUAAUUUUUUCUUCAAUUGUGUUUAUUCUCUUCUGGGUCAUUCUCUUUUGGUUCUUGAAAUGCCUAAUUGGACCAAAAACAAAGGGAACAAUCAAAAUUCUCAGGUGGGUCAGUGGCAAUCCCCAUCCUUUAAUGGAAAACCACCUUUGCCAAAACCACCUGUGCCUGUAGCUAAAAGCAUUUCAACAGUGCCUCCGUGGGAGAAGAAGUUUUGUUAUUCAGUUGGCUCAGUUCCAUGGCGAAAUGUAGUAGAAUGCAAGAGGUAUAUGUAUAUGCAUCCCAAUGUGGUAAACUGGGACGACUCUGCUGUCAAAGAAGCAUUUGACGAUGCAAAAAACAGGUUUUGGGCCGAGUUCAACGGCUUUGCCUGUGACAUAUCAUUGCCUGAUCCUAACAUUUACAUCGACGAUGUAGAUUGGAAUGCAACUGUUGAUCCUGAACUUUAUCUAGAUCUGGAUAAAGAAGCAGAGGCCCGCCGCAACAUGGAACAAAAAACUGAGGAGCCUGUGAUUCUCGGCAGUUCUCUACUCUUGAAUCAGUCCUUUUCUGGUCCAGGAUGGCCGGCACCUACCGGAUGGGGGGACGAAGAAGAAAAAGAAGUAACAAAGUCUUCUCAACCAACAAAAACUGAGGAGGCUGUGAUUCUCACUAGUUCUUUCCUCUUGAAUCAGUCCUUUACUGGUCCAGGAUGGGGACCUACCGGAUGGGGGGACGAAGAAGUAACAAAGCCUUCCGAACCAAAUUAUGCUGCCAAUGGAUGGGAAUCAAACCAACAUGAAAAUAUUGAAACAAACUCUUGGGAACAACAGUAUCAUGCUCCCAUUGAUGAACAUGCAAAAGAUUAUGGAUGGUGGCAAACUGGUCAGAGUGGUUAUCAGGGAUGGAAUCAGAAGGAGCAGUAUGGUGGUGGCGUGCAUGACAAGUAUCAAGGAAGAAAUGAUGGGAGUGGAAAUUGGGGAACAUGGGAUGGCUAUAACAGAAAGAGAGAAAACAACAGAGAAAACAUGUCAUGGUCUAAGAACCCUGGAUGUCAUCAUGGCGCUAAUGAUUAUCAGAUGAAUAGAGGAAGAAGAGGAAAUGGUGGAAGUGGCGGAGGAAGGAGGGGAAAUUUCGGUUAUGCGGACAAGGUAGCUACUUCUGGUGCAUGGUAAAUCAACAUCAAAUGCCUUGGACUGCAAGCAAAGACUCCUAUGAUGCUGCUAAAGGGUCAGUUUUGUGAAAGUAGCUGAGGAUAUAAGUUUUGUUAUCUAGUUAUUAGAUAUGUGAUAUUAUAUCAAUAUAAGAAUUAUGACUUUUCCUUUUUUGUUACAUUCAUCACAUGGAUUUAUGGUGUAUUGGUGUUUGUAGUUAAAAAAUAUUUUUGCGGUGACAGAUAAUCCGGUGCAUUAGUACUGGCCGGUAUUAUUGAAAUAUGAAAUAAGCAAUUACUAUUAAAUGAAGCUAAAUUGUUUAA